GUAAGCCACUAGCGUAUGAGGUGCCCAAGGUGCAUGAGUUCUCAAUCGUAAUCACGCCAAAUGUUCCUAGACAAUUGAAUAGCUAUGAUUGCGGUUUCUUGGUGUGUCAAUGGAUGUUGCAUGAUGAAGCUGAUGAUAAUUCUUAUAUGGGGGAUGUGGCUGGUAGUGAACUUGAUUAUAGAUCCAUCUAAUACCAUACGCAGCAAAAUUAUUCCGGAAGUUAUGGACGUCUACAAGCAACAUUUUGACCGAAAAAUAACCACAAAAUGCCGAAGACUUUUUUUCAGUAAUUUUGGGCGAAUUUUAUUCCUAUGAAUUCUUGCUUCUCUCGUCGGUUUGGG